CCAGGCUUCAAUGAAUUCAACAUAUAUAUAAUCUUCUGUACGCCACAGUGCCUUGAGUAUGGAAGCCACUCACCCUUCUAACCCAUCAACAGAUGAGAUGGAAAGUCUUAAAAAGGAACUGGAGAAAUGGAAGGAAAAGCUUGACAAAGUUGAGAAAGCAAAAGGUGAUCUUCUGCUUUGUAAACAUAAUGCUGAUGAAAAGCUUGUUAAAGCACGGAAUGAGAUGAUGGCAAAGUUUGCAGACUUGAAAGAGAAACAUGCGAAGGAAAGCGCUAUAACUCGGGAAAACUAUGAGACAGAGCUCUCUCUGAUAAAUGAAGAAAAUACUGAGCUGAAGAGAGAGAUUGAAAAGCUCAAAGAAGACCUUGCAAAAUGUAACUCAGUGCUUUCAUAUCAGAUUAAAAAAAAGGUACCAGAAAUGAAAAUGAAGUUCAUGGAGAUGAAAGACAUGAAAGAUGGUUAUCCAGAUACAGAUAUUCACUGUGUCUUUUACGUAAAUACAAAAAUCCCAUUCAAAUUGAAAAAAAAUGAAGCGCUGCUUACUUUUGAAGAAGAGGAAGUUGCGCAGAGGCUGACAAAAAUGGGUGAGCAUACUGUUAACCUGGACAGCAAAAUAACAAAUGUGAGAGUGGAGCCUUUUGCACUUGAAAUGGGAAUCAAAUUUGAGCUCCAUGUCACCAUUUCUGGAAAGACGAUCAACGUUUCUGAAAUACCAGAGCUAUCAAUUCCUGAUGACUGGAUGAGAGACAAAUUAGAGCUGCAUUUCUGCAAACCUGAACAUGGAGGAGGAGAAAUAGAGAAUCUAGAAUAUGACAAGAUGUCUAGAAGAGCUGUUAUCACAUUCUUCAGGCCUGAAGCAGCUAGUGGCUUUGUGACACAGAUGGAAUGUCCUUUCGUUGUAAAUGGAAAAAUAAACUUGGUUUCUGUGUCCCCAAGCACAGAAAAACACUUGGAAAAACUUCAGGUGUGUUCUGGGAUUUCUAAGAAGACUAUUCUGCUGAAAGGAAUUCAAGAGACUGAUGAGGAUGAAGAAAGUGUACAGGACAUGAUUGAAAUUCAUUUUCAAAAGCCUAGUAACGGUGGUGGAGAAAUAGCGAACAUCAAAUAUGUAUCAAAAGGGGUUACAUGGGCUUAUUUUGAGGAGGAUACUUAAUGAUAUAUGAAGUGUUAGAUAGAACUGUCCAAAUGCGGAGCUUUUGCUUCUUCAGAAACAACUAUCUGCAAAUAUGCAGAUAGUUCUUGUAUAACUGUGCGUUACUGUUCUGAAAUCUGUAUUUGAGAAAGAAGAACUGCUUGGCUUUUCUAUUCAACUAAGCAUAUAAAAUAACUGAAAAUCACUCCAUUUGAUUCCAGAAAUUCUACAUGAAAGUCAUAGAAGAGGCCUUUACCAGCUCUUGAAACUUAUAAGACUGUUCUCUGCAUUUUUUCUUUUUGCAGAUUUUCUCUUUUCCAAAUUUUGGGUAGGUGAUACACUCCAAAGUGAGAUAAAUCUAUUCCUUCUUAAUUUUUGGCUAGGAAAACCAGCCAUAAUGCCAUUUGAAAGUGUCCUCACAGACCUAUUUAAGUGCCUUGGCUUCAAAAAGUUUCCUCUCUCAUAACUGCUUAAAUUACUUAGCACUAUGCCUCAAAGACUUAAAAGGUUAAUAAAAUUUCCAUCAGCAACUACGUGGUAAGAUGAAAUGGCAGUAUGGAAGGAGCUUUGUGUGUGUGUGUGUAUGUAUAUCUGUCAAAUGGUGUCUGUGAUAGAAAAGGGGAGAGUAGAAAAUGCCAGAGAUUUCCGUAUGAAAUUGCACCUUAGGAGGAGUGCAAUACUCCGGCUUUUGGCUGUCAAAAUGCUGAUACUUUGAGGAUUUGAUCCAACUUCUGCUGAGCUGCUAAUAAAUUAACAGCUGGUGUGCUGAAUCUUCAU